GUGUUUUUGUUAUUUUUCCAGACAAAGCACAUCCCAUCAAUACUACCUCGAUUAAUGGUUCUACCGGAGGUAAAGCGUUUUCACUUCUUCGGUUUAAAAAGUUCUAUUAAGGUAGUCUAGCUAAAGAAAUACUGAAAAAAAUAGCAAGGAAAUUUUAGUAAAUCCUUUAUUACGGCCCUCUCAAAUACUGUACGUCGCCUCUCUAAUUAUCCCUCCCCCUUUUUAGAAGCAGAAAUCUAUUAAAAUUCUACUCUCUAUUAAGCCCCGCUCCCUUCACAACAAAAUAAUACAUACUGUAUGUACUGAUUCUAAUAUUAGAGAGGUUCAGAUUUGACCACUACCUUUCACUGGCUUAAUAAGCAUCUGAUUGGUUAAUCGGCUAGUUCAAAUGUAUCUGAUUGGUCAACGGUUCCUCAAUGGUAGCCGUAGUUUGCCUGGAACGAUACUUUACCACGUGUCUUACUCACUGACUAAAUCAAAUAAGCCCCUCUCUUUUUAGUCCCCCUUCUUUUAAGCCCCCCUUCUUUUAAGAUUUCUCCCAAAUUAACCCCCCUCGAACUAAACAUACUUGAGGAUCUGCAGCAUGUAUUGAUAUACUAUUUCAGGGAGUAUGAUUUAUUUACGUAUAAAAGGCUAACCAUGCAGUCACAACCAGCACCCAGUCACUUCAGUUAUUUUAAGAACCUGUAUAAGGUCUAAGUUCUGGGCCCCCAAGAGGUUGCGUAGAGCCCGAGAUAAAAUGUUCCCAGGGGGGCUAUGACGUCAUAGUUGUAAACCGGGAGAAGUGUUGUUUUAUAAUACAUUACACUUAAUUGUACAUUAUCCGACACUAAGGCAGUUAAGCCCUGGGCAAACUAGGAAACAUUGUUGCGGAAACAUUGUUGCGGAAACAUUGUUUCCUACCAAUGUUUCGUCAUGUUUCCCAGAGUUGGCAAACACUAGGAAACAUUAGUGAGAAACAUUUAACAAAUAUAAAACAUUUUCCGUGUUGAUAUACAGUUAUAUCAACACGAGUGGAAUUGGGAAAACGAGAAAUUGUAUGGAAACACGACGCCCGAAGGGCGGAGUGUUUUCAUACAAUUUCGAGUUUUCCCAACUUCCACGCGUGUUGAUAUAACUAUAUAUCAAUACGGAAAAAUGUUUUAUAUUUUUUUUAUAAUAUAGCAAUGUCAAAAGCCCGAAGGAUAAGAAACAUUUCCGUGUUUACAAGCGGCGGAAAAUCUCCCGUGUUGACAUUGAGUUAUAUCAACACGGCUCUUAGCCAAUCAGCGUUAAGAAUUUACAAAUGCUAUAUUAUAAAGGGAAAUAUAAAAUGUUUCUGAAGUUUGUAGGAAACAUUUUUGCUUCCCGGGAAGCAAAUUUUGUUUCCGCAACAAUGUUUCCACGGGUGAGCAAACAUGGAAACAUUUGAGGAAACAUCGAGAAUCACAAAUGUUUCCGCAACAAUGUUUCCAUGUUUGCCCCCUGGCUUUAGGAUUUAUAUUCUCAGUUAAGCAAUUUUAAAGGCUUUCGUUGCUUUGGGCCCCCUUUUUAACCUGAGACCCGGGGCAAAGUGCCCCCAACAAAUUAUCCAAUAUUCUCUUAAUAGCAUGGUUUCCAGAGUUAGGUAAUGUACUCUUGCCCAUUGCUGAAUAAAUGUUUACGUUAUUUUGUUUAUUUUGACGAUAAUAAAACUAUUUAAUAUCAUGUUUAACCAAAUGCUAUUUGAUGGUCAGUGUAUGCUAAUAUUUAGCCUUGUCAAUAAGCGUAAUCAAUUUAAAAACAUGGAUAACUCACGACCGUCAAUAGCAAAUGAAAAUCUUAUUGUAAUGCAUCAAAGUUUCCCCUUUCUGGAUAUGAUAAAACUGACUAAAACAUAGUUGGGUACAAAAGCUGUUCUUCUUUAUGCGUUACAUUAAAUCAAACUUUUUUUGCACACUUCGUAUGUAUUUGGUUUUUAACCUGGAUAUUAAUAGAUAGUCAGAUCAGUGGCGUAGGAGGGGGGGGGGGUUUACGUUAAUCUGAAACCACAGAUUUCGGCCUUCCAGUUUCACCUCAGUUUGAAAGAAUUACAAGGUUGGUCGGACCCCCUUAUUGACCUCCCCCCCAAUUGCCUCUGAAUAAGAUUUGAAUUAUUUUGUUCUUUCUCUUAAGUAUUUUGUGCAGCUGAUGGCAUGUCUAAAUUGACGGAAGCUGACAAAGGUUUCUUCGACUACUGGGAUAAACAGAAAACCGUCCCAUUCUUCUUAGUUAUUAUUAUUUUUCCAUUAAUGAAUAUAAAGUCGCCAACAUUUUUUACGAAAUUUAAUGCUUUAGGUAUGUUUAAUUUUUUACAAUUUGCCUAUAGAUGUCUCCUUAAUAGCUGCAACGUUUUCAACGGUCAUAGUAUACACGUAACAAAAUUGUUGACAAGUUUUUCAUAGUAUACAGCACAACCUUAUUCACACCUUUCGAUUUCAACCGGGAAUAGGUUUUUACGCGUGGAUUUUCACGCAAUUCAUAUUUUUGCCUGUUCAUUUAGGAACAAUUUGUGUUAUUUAUGUAAUCGUAUUCACCAUCUACAAGGCUGCCAAGUGGGGAAUCCAUGUAGAAUUUAGCAACAGUCAUUCGCUUCAUUAUGUCGAACGUAAGUAACGCAGUAUAUAAUCGAUAAACAGCCAGCCAGCCAACCAACCAAACAACUGACUCACAAAACAACAAAGAGAACAAGCAAUGAAAAACUAAAAGCUAGACAACCUGACUAACUAAAUAGUUAACCAACCUUCCAGUUAAUUCUCAACUUGGUCGUAAAUCUUCUUUAAGUAUUCGAUUUUCAGACCACAACCCUGAGCAUGCUUAUGACGUCAAGUAUUUUAAAUUCCAAACAACCCCCAAAUCAUCCCCAUUUAUAAAUAAGUAAUUUACGCAUGUAAGAAGGUGACGUCAGGACGACAGCUAAACAAACUGUUUGAAAUAAAUAAUUGUAUGGAAAUCUUGUCUUGUAUUUACUUUUGUGUGAUUUUAAUACGGUUAAAGCAAUCAGUAGGUUGUCAGAUAAGUAUGUAUGUUUUUAGUUUCUGUAUCUGUCUUUCUUUUCCAGAAAUAAAAUCGUCAUUUCCAGCUCUUUCUGGAACAUUAACAUUGGCAUUUUUUAUUCAUAACUGCGUUCUAUCAAUUACGAGAUACCAAAAAUAUCCGAAAAAUAACGUAAGUAUGAAGAUCAUAAUUGCUUUGUGUUUGUGGAAAAACCAAUUGCGGUUAUUUCGCAAAGUUUUAGAUUCCUAAGCCCAGAUCUUUGUGGUAUCCUGACAGGUAUUGUUAAAUUACUGUUGUAUGUCUACAGUUUACCUCACUCCGCAGUUCCAACCCCUCUGGCAAUCUCGUUCCCUUUUCUUCCACAAGAGGGAAGAGCGUGUGCACUAGGUUGUACCCAGGGGUAUAGAAAAGGGGCGCCAGGCCAUCCCCCCCCCCCCCCUUGUUAAGAUUUCAUGUCGAUUUGGAAGGCUGAGUCCACAAUAGUUUUGCAGAUUGCAGAUUCAUAACCUAGAAAGGUGCAACCGUAAUGAUGACGCGGUAAUGAUUUUAGUAGUCUGUACUUGAUUACUGUGGUCCUAGCUUUAGAUCAUUUAUGUGACUCUAACAUGAGAUAGCGUCGCUAUAUCGCAAUCUUUUAUUUCAAGUUAAGACCUUUCUUAAAAAACACUAAUACUAGAUUCCCCUUAUUACGUUUUCGUAGCUGUGUGGUUAUAGUGGUAUCACUGAUAUUCAAGAUGGCUUAUUUUUUGUCCUGACCCGUGCAAGAACUUUUAAAAAAGGCUAGAGUCAGGUGCGCGAUAGCCAACAGCAAAAUAUUCGCGAAAACAUUCAUUAUUUUCAUUCGAGGCCGCUAUCUUUUUCAGUGAUAUCACUAUAACCACAAUGCAAAGCGCUACGAAAACGUAAUAAGGGGAAUCAUCAAUUGAAGAAUUGCUAGAAUAAAAAAUAAAGACUGGAACUUUCCAUGGUUUUUGUUAUUUAUAAGUUGCACCCUCCACGCCUUGUCACCCUCACACCUUGUUACCCCCCCCCCCCCCCCGAUGAGAGCCCCCACCCUGGAUCCACACCACUGGUUGUACCUGUCUAAGGCUCAGGAAAUUAUAUUGAGUGCUUCCAGUGGUACUGUCAAUGCAAAAGCAUGGUUUGAGUGUAAAAUAUUGUAAAGUUUUCUUGAAAUAGUGCAUUCUCUCGAUGACCUCCACUUGUUUUGCGUUCUGUAGGAUCGUGAUGUUUUCCUUGCAUACGUUCUUGUUGGAUUAACAUACAGUCUAGUUGGAUUUGUUUUUUAUCUUGCUUAUCCCAAGAACAAAAGCUCUUGUAUCGAUCAGGUACGCCCCGAAUCUACGCCCUUUAACUGGUACAAAUAGUUUGUCACAUAUUUAUUUCAUAAUUUAGUUAAUUACUUAUUGAACAGUACAUUGCAGUAACCAAUGAAUCUCAUUGAUUUAUGUUUAAAAUAAUGACAUUCUCUAGAUACUUCUUGAGAAUUUUUCACCAAGUGAUGGAAUGGCAUUUGGUGUUCGUUUAGUUUUUCUAUUUCAACUGAUUACUGUUCUUCCUCUCUUGGUCUACAUCAUCAGAAUUCAAAUUAUGAAUUUUUUCUUUGGAAAUCCAUACCCAAGGUACACGUAUUUAAUAUCUAAUUAAAAUAACUGGUUCCUACUACUGCCUUCACUGAAGUGCAAUUUCACAUUCGAAAAGACAUUUGCUUAGUAGUAUGCAGACUGCAGUAAUUAUGAUGCAAGAAAAACCAGCUAUUGUUUGCAGAAAAAAUGCGUACACAAAGUACUCGUAGACAACUUUUAAAUUAUAUAAUAGUAACGUAAGGCCAUGCAUUCGAUUGAGAGAGUACACCACUCUCACCAAUAUACAAAGUUAGCUAGGUGUACUGAGUCAGUAUAAGUUUUCCUAGUUAGAGAAAAGGGUACCCGGACACUUUGCCGAAAGACAUUUUGCCGAAAGACAUUUUGCCGAAAGACCUUUUGCCGAACAGACAUUUUGCCGACGGACGUUUUGCCGAGCAGACAGUUUGCGGAAAGAACAACUUGCGGAAAGGACAACUUGCCGAAAAUAGAGAUGUUAUUUCGUCAAAAUGUUUGGGACUGCAUGUAAUUCUCAACCAUUGUGUAAAAUAACAAUUAUAUGGUCAUAGCAGUGCAUAAUGGUCAUUAUAUAGCAGUGCAUAACCAUAUUGACUAUUGGUAGCUUGUUUGUGCAGCGGAUGACUCAUUUGUUAGAAACGUGUUUUGACGUCAGGUCGUAAACAAACAAGCGUAUAUAAAGACAACGACGUAAGCGAAUUUCACUUCGAGAAUCAUGGAAUACAUGCAUUCCAAUAGUUCUCGGGGAAAUCGCAUUCAUGAAUGAUGUUGGAUGAUGUCAUUCUUUAUAUCGCGAAAUUUCGGUAAAAAACUUGAAAGAAUAUAAAACGAAACUAUACUUCACUAUCAAAGUUUCUGUCAUAAAAUCUACAAUGACUUUAAUCACAGAAACUUUGACCGUGUAAGCGAACCUUUAAAGUUCAGAAGAUAUCUCUAUUUUCGGCAAGUUGUCCGUUCGUCAAACUGUCCGUUCGGUAAAACGUCCGUUCGGCAAAACGUCCGUUCGGCAAAAUGUCUUUUGGCAAAAUGUCUUUCGGCAAACUGUCCGGCCACUGAGAAAAGGGAGUGGUGCCGAAAAUAAAUGUAUUUGUAUAUGAUAUAAUUGGGUAAAGUAUUCUUGUUCUAUGUUGCAUGUGUUUAAACGUUUUUCGUUUUCCAACAGGGGUGGAACGAUCCCAGUUAUGUAUGGUUUUCCUCCUUCGCAGCUACCGGCAAUUUCUCAGUAUUUCAAAUCCAAUAAAUAAUCUAGGUUAAUUUCCCUAUUAAUAACCUCAAUCCUAGUUCCAAUCCCGUAAUUUUAAUCCUUGUGACGUCUUCGGGAUACUAAUGAAGUCCUCUAGUAAUUAUGAUUUAUUUUCUAAACAAUAAUGCUUUGAGUGCAUAGAUUCAUGUUUUAGUAUCCACCAUUUGACAGACAUGGGUACGGGAUGGGCAAUGGAUAUGUUCAAUAGGGUUGGGUAGGACAUAUACGCAGUGAUUAAAAUAUUCUAUAUUUUGUCUAUUGUCUUUCAGCUUCCUUCAUAUUUUUCUACUGAAUGUAUUCCUGGUAAUAAUGUCAGUUUUAUUUGCUUGUUUUUAUCCACAUGUUGGAAAUAUAAUCAGGUAAAUAUUGCUAAAACUAUAAGAAAAAAGAAACAUACUCUGAAUAGUAGCAUCGUGCAAACAAGGCACAAAAUCCAGGGUGAUAUUAUAAGUAUAUCAAAAAUGUGAUGUUCCUGUAUUGGGCUCUUCCAAGUGACGUCCAAUACGUAUUUCUUGACAUUUUGGGUGCAGGCAAAUUAAGAAUAGUUCAUUAAAAGCAAACGUGGGAACGAGGUUGAGCAAGACUGUGGCUGUUGCUUUUGUUGGAGCGCUUUGAAGAGUUACUUAUAAUGGUCCAUAGCUGUGUAGUAGUUGGUUGAGUUUUUUGCCACCCAAAAUGGCGGAUUAUAGUACAGUCAAAUCACUAUAAGUACAUGGUUCUGAUCAAAGUAAUCACAAUAGAUUUUUUUUUCAGUGGUAAAGUGUGUGAAAAGUUGUUUUGAUUAACAUAUUAAAAAUCCCAAAAAAUCCCUUUGGUGGAACAUGGUGAAAAUCAAGUUUUUCUUACUUCUACCUAUAGAAAACCAUUGCGGACAAAAUGUUGAAAUUUUGAAAUUAUUUUUUUGCAAAUAUAACAUGCAUCAUUGGAAAGCUUAGAAAAAACUAAAAUAUAGAUCAAUUAAACGGUUACCUUGCUUUUGCCUAUCCAGUCGAAGUUAUACAAGAUUUAAAAUGCCAUAAAUUUGUAUUUUGUGCAAAUUUUGCGCUAUUUUUCCAACUUUGAGCUAGAAUAACGACAAACUGACCAGUAAAUUGAAUAUAACGGUUUAAUUGACCUUUAUAUAGUUUUGUUUAAGCUUUCCAAUAAUGUAGGUUACAUUUGCCUAAAAAUGAUUUCAAAAUUGGAACAUUCUGUCCACAAUGGCACAAAAUAGAUUUUCUAUAGGUAAAAGUAAGAAAAACUUGAUUUUCACCAUGUUCCACCGAAGGGACUUUUUGGGAUUUUUAGUAUGUUAAUAAGGACACCUUCCUUCACAUUUUACCAGUGAAAAAAAUUCUAUUGCGAUUUCUUUGACCUCUGGUCACAGAUUGACUGGACUAUAUUUUGAUGAUACGUCAUACUGCAACACCUGGAUAGCUAGCAUUCAAACUAUAAUCUGUCUUCGUUUUUGUCGAAACUCCCGAAGAGAGAUAAAGAAAACUUCGAGCAAAGGAAGUUUUACUAGACUACUAACUUUAAAAAUAUUCCGCAAUUUUUUUUUCUAGAUUCACAGGAGCUCUGUGUGGUCUAACGUAUGUUUACGCUUUACCUCCAAUAAUUUACAUCAUCCAGAAAAGAAAUGAAAGGAAACUAACGAUAAUUGCUGGGCUUCUUCAUUGUGGUAUCAUUGGAAUUGGUAUUCUGAAUUUUAUAGGACAAGUUAUUAUUUCUGCAGUGUAGCAUUCAUAGUAAGUCCUGUUCUAAACACACUUCAUGAUUUCAUUUAUGUAUUUAAUAUUUUUUGCGCGGCUCAUCUGUACAUCAAUAUACAUUACACCAACACAGAAAAAAUCAUAUUAUUAGAUUACAUUGGUAUCGAAGGAACUAGUUUCUGUUCCGAAAUAUCACAUACUCGAACCGACCAGACCGCGUAGCUCAGUUGGCAGAGCAUUAGGCUAGUAUUCCAAAGGUCGUAGGUUCGAUUCCCUCUGUGGUCAGGCAUAUUUUUCAAGCUUGCCCCUUGUGGAUAUACACUCAGAGUAACAUCACAAGCAUCAUAUUCACCUGAGUACAUUACACCAACACAGAAAAAAAAUCAAAUACCAUUAAUUAAAAAUGUAUUAGGAUUUCGCCUGACAAAUCGACGUGUGUACACGAACCCGAAGGAGUGACGAAGGAAUAUUUUACCGUCGGCGGGGAAGUCCUCCAAAACGUUUUAGACGUCGUUUCUAACUUCGACCUCACACAAUGAUGAGACGUGGCUGGACUAGUCAUUAACAUUGAAAUUAUUUGCCUUCAUUUGUAAUGAUCACUUAUGCAAAGUGUCUCUAUAAAAAUAAGGUGUAUACUAAACUGAACCAUGGGUGCGUAAACACAAUUGAAUCGAAUUUUAUGCAUGGGAAGUUAUUCAAAAGUUUUCGGUUUCGUUCAACAUAUGAUUAUGUGCUUAUUAUUAUAUGGCAAGCAUCACUUCCGGUGAAAUGGCGGACUGUGAUUGGCUAAGAAGCACUUUCAGCGGUCCAUUAUUUUCCCGUAAUGGACCGGCGGUCCAUCACGUAAAAACAAACGCAUGCAUUUUAAAACAAAACAGCAAAACUAAUAGAAAUGGGUAUAUUCUGUUUUCUUCGAUCAAAUGUGGACCACGCUACUAAUAUGCAUUUCAAAUCAAGCAUUUCUUGUUUGUUUCAAGUAUAAAUGCCAUAUGGUAAACUUUUUAUUAACCUCGCUUGCUAGGCCUUUACAGAUGAAAUUACAUCUUGAAAUUACAUCCCUACGGGCUCGGUCUGUACAAAUAAGACCUCGGUCCGAUAUUUCUCUGUAAAGACCUCGCGCUCGGUUAAUAAGAAGUUAUUAAUUAACGCAACGCGUAAAAAGUAAAAACUCGUUGCUAUCUGGUUAGUUGAACCAUUUUAACUCGAACUGAUAGUAUGACUACCGUAUUUACUCGAUUGAGCACCGCCCCCGACUGAGCGCCGCCCCCGAAUGAGCGCCGCAUUUGAGAUCAAUUUUUUUAAAGAACGCCGCCCCCGAAUGAGCGCCGCACUAAAAAGUGUAAAAAUUUUCCGCGUCAAAAUGGGGACAUUUAGUGACAAAAACCUUUUAAAACUUGUUUAUUUUAUUGUUAAAAGUUCUUGUUAUAAUUCACAAGCAAAAGAUUUUUUCAACAUAUAUCUUCAACAUUUCUACAAAUUGAGUUUUUCUUUUAUCUUUCGGACAGUGAUAAAGCCAUUUAAAAGUUGUAGUAGAUUAACUUUAAAUAUAACAGUAAUUAAACAAAAGUUGACAUUCAAAGAAAAGAUUUGUCAUGCUGUUGUGUUUUGUUAUACUACAUUUUGGGCAAAAUAUUUCCAUCUUUCUUGCAUUAUAAAAUUGAUAACAAAAUUGCAAAUCCUUGCGCACUAUUUUUUAAUAUAUGCACCGCUGUCAAUUUUUUACGCAUCCAUGGGUUCAGCAUAGUGCCACAGAAUAAGGUACACAGAAGGUCGACUCGAGUAACCGCUGCCACGCCAUGAUUCAUCAUCAAAAUGCUGACGCCAUGGUCCUAGCCAGUGCGCGUUUGAGAGGCAUUCCCCCCCCCCUGGACGUCCACCAUUUUGAAUAUUAUCAGGGGGGUGAAUGCCUCUCCAACGCGCACUGGCUAGGACCAUGGCGUCAGCAUUUGAUGACGAAUCACGAGUUACGCCAAAAUCAUAGGAAAAACGAAGAAGUCGGCCUUCUGUGUGCCUUAUUCUGUGAUAGUGCUCAGGCAUUCAAAUCACUAUAGGAUAAUUUCUAAAGGUCUCCUUUUUUAGACACCCUUAAAGUCAACCUCGUUCCCAUGGCCUUUUAAUUUACAGAAUCAAUAGAUUUUAGAAGACAAUAGAGUUGACCUGAGGCAGUACGACAGAACGCAAUCUGUAAACAAUAAACAAUAUUCGACUGGAAGGGAUCGGAGAUGGGAGGGGAGUGGCAGAUGGCUUGCAGAAACUAUUUCUCACAUUCCCUAUAUUACACACGUAAAAGUCUCGCAACUUGUCAACAAGUUGUGUUCGCAACAGACUUGUACAGGGAUGCCGGAACCACGGGUGCAGCGGGUGCAAUUGCACCCCUUGCCUUUUGCAUUUUCAACUUUGUGGGUGCAGUACGGGUGCAGAAUACGGGUGCACAAAGUGCCCUUUUUGCGUGAAAAAUUUUCAUUAAAAUUGCAUUUUUUGCGCAAAGAGCAUUUUUGAAAAAUUCAAUCUAUGUUAUUUCCGGGAAAAUGUUUUAAGUUCCGGAAAAAAUAACAUUUUCCGGAAAAUUUUUCGGUAUGUCCGGAAAAUUUUUUUCGUAUUUAGGAAAAUUGUGGUAUGUCCGGAAAAUUUUUUUUACCCCUAAAUACCCUGACCAAAAAUUUUUUGGCGACGGGGGGGGGGUGGGGGAGGUCGCCAAAAAUAAUUUUUAUAUGCCCUUUCAUUUUCAUUAGUGCCGUUUUGUUAAGGAAUAUGCCCUCUUGUUAACCAAUUGCACCCCUUGCCCCCAGCAACUUCCGGCAUCCCUGGACUUGUAGCAAGCUUGUCAACAAGUUGUAUCAAUGCUGUUAUUUUAUCAAGUUGCUACAAGUUUGUCACUCACAACUUGUUGACAAAUUGUUGAAUUGCAGGACGAUAACAAGUUGUUAGAACGACUUGUAACAAGUCUUUUGAGCUCAACAACCUUGUAGCAAGUUGUCAACAAGCCGUUGACAACUUGUCAACAAGUUGGGAACAAGCAGUUCUUAGAACAGCAUUGCUACAAGUCUGCUGCAGGUUUGUUACAACUUGUGCGUUUUUACGCGUGUAGCACCCACAUACCUUUCAAUUUCUGUUUCGUACGUUGACUCAGAAAUGGGUCGCAAUGACGUAACGUUAGCCUUAUCCCAUUGGGUACCAGUUACCAGUAUAACGUCCGGUACAAUAAAUCGUGGUAAUUGUUUUUGUUUUCAGUGAAACAACCGUUACAAUUCAGAUAUGUAAUGAUGUCAGAUUUCAAAUGCCUUCUGUUUACAAUGAUGAAGAUUCAGAUGGACUUUAUAUGCAAGUGGAAUCAUGAUCAAUAUUUAAUAGACAGUCAAACUUAUUCUGCUGCAUGUUAUUUGAGAUGUUUUUAAAAAGAUAUUAGACUCCUCUCCAUCCCACAUUAGACUCCUCUCACACAACAAGCAUGCUGCCAUUGCGUUACAAAUGCUGUUGUGUGAAGUCUCAGUAUAAUUUUUGGUACGUGUAAUAUUCAGUCUUUCUAAGAAAACAAACUUACCUUUAAAAAAACUUCAUCUGUAUCGGCUUUUCACUGUAGAAGUUGCCGGAUAUGAUGUCAAAUCAAGAAUUUUGACAGUGGGAAAGUUGAUUAAGAUGAGGUUUUUACUACAAAAAUAUAUUGUAUUUCUUCAGUCUUAUUAUAACCCAAAUACUAUACGCAUGCAAAUAUCCUAUUUGGGGUCAGUAGCGCUUUAUGACAUCAAUCCUGAGGACCUUAAAUCGACAGCCAUAUUGGUAGCACAUUCAAUGAAUGUUAAUGCGAUUGUUUUGAUGUCAUGAAUUAACGACGUACUAGGAAACAAAAAUUUAGCACGGAUUUCAUUUAUUUUUACCUUAUGAAUUCUCGAGUUUCUAGCUUUGUAAUUUAAUUCAAAUCACUUACUUGACCUACGGUAUUUUUCAACUUUAGGGAAUAACCUAAUUACCUAAUUAAUAAUAAAUAAGCGUUUAAUUGGUACAAAAAGAUAAAUUAGAACAACUUUAUAUUGACCUAAAUUUGUGAAUUAUAUGAUUACUUUAGACGUCUAGUUAGUGCAAUAUUGCUUCAGUACUUUCUUACAAUCAUCCUCUAAUUGUGUCUUCACGAAAUGACAAUAGAGAGCUUAAGAUGUGGUAAAUCUAUACGACGCGGACGUGACAAAAAAACACGCCCUAAAUUCGCAGUGCCAGCAACAUGGGUAAAAAAUAUGGAAUAUUUUUGUCAACAAAGAAGGAUGCAGGUGAAAAACAAUUUUAAAGUGGUAACAAAUCCAAAAGAAAAGCAUAAGUAACUGUCUUUUUGUCACGUUCUAGAUUUAGCUCAUCCUAAGUUCGCUAAUGUUUGUUAAUAUAGUAACUUCUCAUUUCUACGUAAUAGACUUUAGUCUUUACUGUUUAGUGUAUAUACUUUUGCCCCAAUGGCCUCGUUUUCAUGGUUACCCGAUUUAGCCUCACAGGUGCAAAUGAUGGUUACUUCUUCAUGUUUCGUGCGCGAAUAUGUUUCUUUUUUAUCUUGAUCGCAAUAACAAGCCAAUCCUUACACCAACUGUACACGGAUGAAAACGGGGGCAUUGAGCGAAACGAAGGUCUGAGGAAAACGUGUCAAAACGCUGUGGGUCAUUUACAGCAUCAUCAAGCUCACAUUCAAGAACAUGUAACUCAAGUACCUUUGCAUAGUCCAACCAUGCUUCACUUGACAAUGAACACACUGUAUCGUCAGAUCACUUUCGGUAUAUCCCAUGCACAUUCGAGAACUUGUCUCUACUGCGUGAUUUAACCAUGCUUAACUCGAUCAGAGGCGUAGCCAGGAUUUUUGGUCAGGGGGGGGCAGCAAAAACCUAGGUGGGGCCAGACUUCACUUAUUUUUAUAGAACAAAUACCAUAUUUAUUCACAUGAACAAAAUAUAUGGGCAAUACUUAAAUAUUCACGGUACGAAUUUCACAAAGUCGGCGACAUAUAAAGAAUACUUCCAACUAGCAAUAGAGUAACUGCCUCCUACAAACAAAAACCGAGUUUAUGAUAAGCAUAAAGCAUGACUAAAGUCAAGCGCGCAGCAAGAUGUCCAGGCGGAGGCAUGCAAAUAAAGAAACGAUGUGACACGUUUAAAGGAAACCUCAAUUAUUGAUCAUUUAGAUGCACCAUAUACCACUUUGUAUUCUGACAAAAUAUGGUAAGUUCAUAGUUCUUCAGCAAAGCUUAUUUCUUACGUUAUGAAAAGUGGUUAUUGCUCAGUUACAAAUUAAUUAUUUAUCAUCCAACAUGAAUACAUGAUCGAUUACACGUCUGUAUCGCCAAGCGCUAAAUAGAUUUUUUACUCGCUCUGGCAACGCACGGGACACAUUUAA